AUGCUAAGGUCAGAUCUGGAUGCAUUACAUGCAAGUCAGCACGUCAAAUGCGACGAGACCAAGCCAAACUGCCUGACAUGCUCGCGCACUGGCCGGAGAUGUGACGGCUACAGAUUUCAAGAGAUACAGUUCUUCAACAUCCUAACAUCCGAGGUCGGCGGUGCCCGCGUUGGUGUGCAGCCCAGCGCGGCAGUCGAUGGAACCUCAAUCUCGCCACCUUGGGAGACAUCCUCGACCAGCGAGGAAAGAAACAGGAAUCUGUCCGAUGCUGCUCUCAUGCAACUCACCGCACGUCCUUACAGCCCGUUUCUGAACUUUUCAGGCAGUAUCCAAGAGCACAGAUCUCUCGACUUCUUCCAUGCUCGGGUUGCCACGACACUGGCUGGCUACUUCGACACCACAUUCUGGACACAUAUCAUUCCGCGGGUUGGUGCUUCAGAACCCUCCGUAAAGCAUGCUAUGAUCGCCCUCGCGUCCUUGUACGAAACUAUCCGUACUCGCGACAGACAAUUGGGUCGAGAGCAACAGCGCUGCACACUUCUCCAAUACAACAAGGCUAUCAAAUCUCUGAAAGAACGCCUAGAGACUGGAGAGCAAGCCUUGGAGGUUACAUUGCUAACUUGUGUUCUCUUCAUCUGUCUGGAAUUCAUGCGUGGAAACCCGAAUGUAGCGUUAGAUCAUCUACACAGCGGCCUACAGAUCUUGGACAGCACUCAGCGGUCUACGCAGGACGCGCAAUCAAUAGAGGAAGAGCUUGUCAAUAUCUUCUCUCGACUCAGUAUCCAGGCCUCUCUGUGGGGGCGGCGGCCACCUCAGAUUAGUGCCAGCAAGGACGAUGACCCGACGAGAGACUUCGAUUCAGCUUGCACACCAUUCGCUACUAUUCGCGAGGCGAGGGUAUCACUUGAACGCAUACUCAUACAGUGUUUACGACCCUCUGACCCUCAUAUCGAGCUUGACCCAUCUAUGCCGAUGUCCGAUGUUUGGAAAGCUGAGCGGGAGAGACUGACAGCACAACUGCGGUACUGGAACUCCAGACAUGGCCUAUCCAUGGCAGUUUCGGUCCACACCAAUGGUAUCUAUAGCUUGCGAAUCCUCCAAAUGAUGGCUAUCGUGGCUAUCGUCUGGAACUCGAUCCCAUUGAUUCCAGAGGAGACGGCGUUCGACCGACACCUCUCCGAUUUCGAAACCAUCGUCUCUCUCGCAGCAACCCUAGUCGACGGUAAAGCCCCAUUCUCUCCGCAAGCAGCUUCAGUCGCGACAUCGUUGCCGUCGGAAACCACGUCAGCGUCACAUCGGCCAAACUUCCCGGCAUUGUCGAACACUCCAAUUCCUUUCACCUUCGAAAUGGGCAUCAUUCCAUGUCUCUACUUCACCGCCAUUAAAUGCAGAAGCCCGUCAGUCCGCCGAAAAGCUAUUCGUCUCCUCUCAAUCGUGAUACCUGAACAAGAAGGCCUGUGGCACGCGCGAAUGCUAGCGAAGGUCGCUAGUCGCAUAGUGCAACUGGAGGAAGAAGGCUACACACCAACAGAGGUGACGAGCACUUGGCCACCUGAGGAAGGACGUAUACAUGCUGCGUACAUAUAUUCCAACUACUCUUUGGAAGAGCGGACGCAGCAGGUAAACUUCAUUUGGAAACCUGGCGGACUGCGCGGUGAAUGGAUGGAUUGGGUGGAAACCAUAGCUUACUAG